AUGGAAGAAAUAUAUGAUUUCUUUGCUAAUGUGAAGGCGAAAAAGCAAGCAUGGAACUUUAAGGCAUAUAUCGUUAGAAAAUGGAAAGUUCCUAGCAAGUUUAACCAGAAGGAGAUUUUCUCCAUUGAAAUGGUACUUCAAGAUAGCAAGGGGUCAAGGAUGCAUGCCUCAGUUCCUACGGCUAUUGUUAAGAAAUGGAGUCAUGUCAUAACUGAGUUUCAAAUGUACACCAUGAGCAACUUUGUUGUUCUGCACAGCAAAAAUAAGAAGACGAGCCACUUUAAGUGGAUCUUGAUUUUUACCUAUAGGACGGUUGUGAAUCAUGUCCAAAACCCAAGUUUUCCUCUGGUCGCAUGGCACCUUAAGUCCAUUGCAGAGCUGUUGACAGCUGAGAAGGUCGACGACUCUGAACUAUUCGGUACCACGUCGAUGCAGAGCCAUUUUUAUGUAUCAAAGCUACAUUUUGACCCUGAAAUUAAAGAAGUUGCUGUGUUUAGAAGCAGGAUGUUAUGUGGUGCACCAUUCAGUUCUCCUAGGAUCAGUCAAGUAUCUUCGCAAGGCCGGUGGUCAGGUGUUGAGGAUCUAAACCAGGGAUCUGUAGUUGCAAAGACCAUCGAGGAAGUUUUGAACUCUUCUGAGACAUAUACUAAUGUUAAUAAAUUGCCCAUGGAAGGUCCCGUCUGGAUUAUUGCAACUGUAGUCUCUAUAAAUGCAAGCAAGAGCGAUUGGUACUACAAGUCAUGUAGGAGGUGCCCAAAGAAAAUUGACAUUCCUAUUGGGGAAAGAUAUGAAUGCACUAAGUGUGGACGCACACAUGGAUGUGCCGCUAUUAAAUACAAACUUGAGGUAAUGGUAUGUGAUGGAACAGGGAGCAUGACUUUGUUAUUGUGGGACAGGGAAACAACACAAUUGGCUGGAAAGAUUGCUGAAAAAAUUGUGGAUGAGGAGGUUGGUAAUGAAGAAUACCCUCCCACCCUCGAUAAUAUCAUGGAUAAGAAGGCACUAUUUAAGAUAAAUGUUAAAAUGGCAAACAUCAAGCAAUACGAUCAAGUUUACACGGUUAGCAAGGUAUGCGAUGAUGAGGAGCUUGUGGAGAAGAACAUGCCCAAAAAAAUGCAGACCAAUCCAUCCACAAACAUCACAAAAAAUGGCUACAGCAACUCAGUGGAUAUGUCAGGCCAUGUUGUCAACCUUGAAACUGAUACUGAUCCUCAUUUUAGCAUGGAUGGCCUUGAAGAUAGCGUGUCAAGUGGCAAGUGUAAAACUCCAGCUAAAAGUGCUUCCAGUGGGAUAAACGAUGCUGUGAAAAGCUUGCCUCAACAUGAAGAAGAAGGUCAAUUUUUCACUAAUCGUUUCAGUAGGAGAGUUGGAAAAAAACAGAAGAUUCAGUUAAUUGAUGAGGAAAGCUAA